AUGCCAGGUAAUGGUUUUGGUUCCGUUGGCGGAUAUUUGAGGAAUGUAGCUUUAUUGGCAAUGUUGCUGGACUAUUUUUUGUUGUCAUCUUGUGUAAAAGCGCUGGAAUGUUAUGAUUCAUUUGUGAGAGGAAGUCCGGCAAAAUCAUCUAGCUGUGGGCCCGGCCAGGUAGUUUUUAUAUCUUUUAUUAGUUCUUUGGAUAUUUACAGUAAAUGCGAAUAAGAACAGUUAUUUUGUGUUUAAAAACAGUGUUAAAAAUGUCUAAUAUUUAAUAUAAUUUAUUAUAUUUUUAUUACCUUUCGCUUAAUGUCAUGGUCAAUAUAAAGCUACAUCUAAAACAUAUUGAUUUAGGUAUGUUUUUCUGAAUUCUACGCACUAUCAGAACAACCAGAAUCAACACAAAUUAGCGAAUGGUACGUUGACCGAUUUUGUGUGUACCGACAACAAUGUCAAAUGCGAGGAAUUGGUCCAGGUUGUGUGACUGUUGAACAACUUGACAAAAUGGUGCGACGGACCUUUCGGAAAAAACUAGAGCAUCACGUUAAAGAUGGUUGGAAACGGUACGAUGUCAUUUACUGUUAUAAGUUAUCAUUUUAGGUUUAUCUUUUUUAACUUUAUGAUUAAUCAUUUUUAGGCUUAAAUUUUUUGCGCUAAGCUUAUAGUUUUCUUUCAUAAAUGAAAAACUUUUAGGUUAUUGCACACUCGUUUUUGCUGUUGCGAAUCAGACUACUGCAAUCGACUGGACAUUUCCGAGUUGAACGUUUUGUAUAAUGUUACAGACGUAGCUAUGCAUCACGCUUCUGAAACCACUGCCACUACUUCAUAUCACUUUCCACAAUUAUUUUUUUCUUUUUUGUGUUGUUUUUCUGUUUUUAGUACAAUAACAUUUUUAUAAUAAAAUGUUUUUAAAAUGAUUUUUGAUUUUUUUGAAAAAUUUUUUGAUUUUUUGAAAAAAUAAAAAAAAUCUAAUUUACAAAUAAAAAAAAUUUUUUUAUAGUUUUAGGUAUAUAUUAAGUUUUUUUGACGAUUUUAUCAAAAACGGUAAAUUUGUUGAAGGCUCAAAUUUCACAAAUAUCUAAUUACACCUCCUUCUUAUCUUACCCCUCCGUCUCGUAAUUGGACCUGACAAUUCGAUUUAGCGGUCAUUGACAAGAUUUGCGGCGUUUUGA